AUGCGGGUGGCCAAGUGGCUGACGGGGCUGCUGUACCAGCUCUCGCUCUUCAUCACCAGGUCUUGGGAAGUUCACUUCCACCCCAGGCAAGAAGCCCUGGUGAGGACACUAGCCUCCUACGAAGUGGUGACCCCAGCGCGGGUCAAUGAGUUCGGAGAAGUGUUCCCUCAGAGCCGUCACUUCAGCCGCAAGAAACGCAGCUCCGGGGCGCUGGAACCCACGCCAUUCAGGACCCACUACCGCAUCCGCGCCUAUGGGCAGCUCUUCCAGCUGAACCUGAGCGCCGACGCAGCCUUUCUGGCCGACAGCUACACCGAGGUGCACUUGGGGACCCCAGCGCUCGAGGCCCAGGAGCGCGACGCGGCGCCAGCAGACCUGCGCCACUGCUUCUACCGCGGCCAGGUCAACGCGCGGGAGGACCACACCGCGGUCUUCAGCCUGUGUGGAGGCCUGAUGGGAACAUUUAAAGCACAUGAUGGUGAAUAUUUCUUAGAACCUGUAGUGCAGGCAGAUGGGAGUGAACAUGAAGACGAUCACAAUAAGCCACAUCUUAUUUACAGACAAGAAUUAAAGAGGAACUCUCUUCUGCAAUCUCGUAAGCCCUGUGAAGUUUCAGAAAGUCAAAUAAAGUCAACCACUUUAUCCUUUCAUAACUAUAGCAACGUGAAUGAAGAUCUUAACACAAAGAAAGAAAUGAUUUUAGGAUACCCAUCAAAAAAUACAUCAUUGGAAGAUGAAAGAAGUCAAUUACAUUCCAGGAAAAAACGUUUUUUAUCAUACCCAAGAUAUGUGGAAGUUAUGGUUACAGCUGAUGCUAAAAUGGUUGAUCAUCAUGGACAGAAUUUGCAGCACUAUGUACUAACGCUAAUGUCAAUUGUUGCAGCAAUCUACAAGGACUCAAGUAUUGGGAAUCUUAUAAACAUAGUAAUCGUAAAGUUAAUUGUAAUUCACAAUGAACAGGAAGGACCAGUCAUCAAUUUUAAUGCAGCUACCACAUUACACAACUUCUGUUUAUGGCAACAAACUCAGAAUGUUCCUGAAGAUAGUCACCCUUCCCACCACGACACUGCUGUUCUGAUCACUAGGGAAGACAUUUGUGGAGCUAGAGAGAAAUGUGAUACAUUAGGAUUGGCAGAAUUAGGUACACUGUGUGAUCCUUUACGGAGCUGCUCCAUUAGUGAAGAAAACGGACUCAGCGCUGCCUUUACUAUUGCCCAUGAGCUUGGGCAUGUAUUUAAUGUUCCACAUGAUGAUAGUUUUAAAUGUAAAGAGGCUGGAAUUAAACAUCAGUAUCAUGUAAUGGCUCCAACUUUAAAUUACCACACAAGUCCUUGGACCUGGUCAAAAUGUAGUCAGAAAUAUAUCACUGAAUUUCUAGAUACUGGUCAUGGGGAAUGUCUUCUUGACAAACCAAAUGGAAGGAUAUACGACCUAUCUUCACAGCUUCCUGGACUGAUGUAUGACGUAAACAAGCAAUGUGAACUUAUGUUUGGUCCUGGAUCACAAGUGUGUCCCUAUUUGAAACAGUGCAGGCGUCUCUGGUGCACAAGCACAGAAGGAGUUCACAAAGGCUGCCGCACUCAACACAUGCCACUGGCAGAUGGGACAAACUGUGGUCCUGGGAUGCAUUGCCACCAUGGGCUAUGUGUAAAUAAAGAAAUGGAAACACGUCCUGUAGAUGGUGAAUGGGGACCAUGGGGACCUUACAGUUCUUGUUCAAGAACAUGUGGAGGUGGAAUCAAAAGCACAACCAGGCUCUGUAAUCGUCCCGAGCCAAGAAACGGAGGAAAGUACUGUGUGGGCCGCCGGAUGAAAUUUCGCUCAUGUAAUACUGAUUCAUGUCCAAAAGGCAAGCAAGACUUUCGAGAGAAGCAGUGCUCUGAUUUUGACGGUAAACAUUUCAACAUCAACGGUCUUUCCCCUAAUGUGAGGUGGCUUCCAAAGUACAGUGGGAUUGCCAUAAAAGAUCGUUGUAAACUCUAUUGUCGGGUUGCUGGAACCACUAACUUUUACCAGUUGAAGGACAGGGUUGCUGAUGGUACUCCUUGUGGAACUGAAACUAAUGACAUCUGUGUUCAAGGCCUGUGUCGGCAAGCUGGCUGUGAUCACGUGCUGAACUCCAAGGCGAAGAGAGACAAAUGUGGAGUGUGUGGUGGGGACAACUCUUCCUGUAGGACAAUGGCAGGUAUCUUCAACAGUGCUCAUUAUGGUUAUAAUGUUGUUGUAAAGAUUCCCGCAGGAGCAACAAACAUUGACAUUCUUCAGCACAGCUAUUCUGGAAAACCAGAAGAUGACAAUUAUCUUGCAUUGUCUGACACUCAAGGGAAUUUUCUUUUGAAUGGUCAUUUUGUUGUGAGUAUGUCAAAAAAAGAAAUCAAUGUACAAGGAGCUAUUUUUGAAUACAGUGGUUCAAACAACUCAAUUGAAAGAAUUAAUAGUACUGAUCGACUAGAGGAAGAGCUUAUUUUGCAGGUGUUGUGUGUGGGUAAUUUGUACAACCCCGAUGUACAUUAUUCCUUCAGUGUCCCUGUAGAUGAGAGGGAUGACCAUUUCACCUGGGAUCCAUAUGGACCGUGGCAAGACUGUACCAAAAUGUGUCAAGGUCUUCAUAGAAGAAAAAUUACCUGCAUACAGAAGAGUGAUCGAAUGGUUGUGUCUGAUCAAAGGUGUGACCACUUGCCACUUCCAUUGUUUCUUACUGAAAGGUGCAAUACAGACUGUGAACUAAGGUGGCACAUCAUUGGCAAAAGCGAAUGCUCAUCCCAUUGUGGUCCAGGGUAUCGGUCCUUGGAUGUCCAGUGCAUGAAGUAUUCCACUCACAAAGGACACACCAUCCCAGUAGACGGCCACUAUUGUGCAGACCAACUUAAACCUCCUACCCGAGAACCAUGCCAUGGUGACUGUGUGUUAACAAGAUGGCAUUAUUCAGAAUGGUCCCAGUGCUCCAGGAGUUGCGGAGGAGGAGAAAGGUCUCGAGAAUCUUACUGUAUAAAUAAUUUUGGCCACCAUCUUGCUGACAGAGAAUGCCAAGAACUUUCCCAAUUGACAGUAGAAAAUUGCAACGAGUUUUCCUGUCCAAGUUGGGCUACUAGUGAGUGGAGUGAGUGUCUCGUUACAUGUGGAAAAGGAACAGAGCAGCGGCAAGUAUGGUGUCAGCUGAAUGAGGAUCACUUGAGUGACGGCUUCUGUAAUCCAAGCACUGAACCUGAAUCUCUGCGGCCAUGUGAGCUCCAUCCAUGUGCUUCCUGGCAAGUAGGACCAUGGGGUUCUUGCACAGCCACCUGUGGACAUGGACAUCAGAUACGUGCUGUUCAAUGUGUCAGUGAGCUUCUCAGCGUAGUGUUAGAUGACACCACGUGCCAUGGAGCCAGUCGCCCGAGGGACAGGCAGGACUGUGUCGUUACACCUUGUCCAGUUGUUUCUGAAAUUGGGGCCACUUCAUUACCAGCUGUUCCCACAGGAAAGAUAGCACAAUGGCGACAUGGUUCUUGGACUCCGUGCUCUGUGUCUUGUGGAAGUGGUAGUCAAGCCCGCUACGUAAGCUGUCGUGAUGCUCAGGAUGGAAUAGCGGAUGAAUCAUAUUGUACCCACUCACCCCGACCUGCUGAAAUAUCUCCCUGUUUCAGCCCCUGUGGAGAGUGGCAAACAGGAAAUUGGUCACCUUGUUCAGCUUCCUGUGGACGUGGAAAAACAACUCGGCAAGUUUUUUGCAUCAACUACCAUCAGCCUAUUGAUGAGAAUUACUGCGACCCUGGAGUGCGCCCUCUGCUAGAAGAGGAAUGUAACUUGGCAGAAUGCCUGCCCACAUACAGCCACUUCCCCAGUUCCUCUGAGGAGCCAAGCCAUUUCCCAGGCAGGAAUUUUCCAUUAACUCACAAACCUAAAGAUAAUCAAAAUCAGGGGGUCCAUUCGUCAGCCAGAGGAAACCAAUGGAGAACAGGACCUUGGGGAUCAUGCUCUAGCAGCUGUGCUGGAGGUCUUCAGCGCAGGGUGGUGGUCUGCCAGGAUGAACACGGGCGCAGUGCCAGUCACUGUGACGCAGCCUCCAGGCCCCCAGAGUCCAGGCACUGUGAUUCAGGACCUUGUCCACGGUGGAACUUCGGAAGCUGGGGAGAAUGUACACAAACAUGUGGAGGAGGAAUAAAAUCAAGAUUUGUAAUUUGUCAGUUUCCCAAUGGCCAGAUGUCACAAGAGCACAACUGUGAGGUGUUAAACAAGCCACCUAGUGUAGUGCAGUGCCAAGUGCACGCGUGUCCUGAUGGUGCAGCAUGGCAUCGGGGACCGUGGAAAUCGUGCUCAGCUUCUUGUGGUAAAGGCAUAAAGUACCGGGAGGUGCUUUGCAUUGACCAAUUCCAAGGGAAAUUAGAAGAACAAUACUGCAGUCAUCUACAGAAACCUCCAACUCACAAGGCCUGUAGGUCUGUCAGAUGCCCUUCAUGGAAAGCCAACAGAUGGAAGGAGUGUUCUGUGACCUGUGGCCCCGGAGUUCAGCAAAGGGACGUGUACUGCAGACUGAGAGGUGUUGGGCCAGUCGCUGACAAAAUGUGCGAUCCGUCCACCCAGCCUUAUUUUCAGAGGCAAUGUUGGCAUCAGGACUGCGUGCGGUACGGGUGGAUAGCAGGAGAGUGGCUGGAUUGUUCAACAUCAUGUAAGAAAAAAGAGACACAUCGGCCAGUGAAGUGCGUCGAUGCACAAAACACCCAAGUGAAUGAAAGUUUCUGUGAUCCUUCAACCAGACCUAUCUCAAUCAAAAAAUGCAAGAACCCUCCCUGCAAGUAUAUUGUGGUAACGGGAGACUCAUCACAGUGUGCAGGUAACUGUGGAUUUAGUUAUCAACAAAGGGUUACAUACUGCGUUGAGAUCCGUCCUACUAAGAAACAGAAGCUCCAUCAGCUUUGGCCGAUAGACUACCGAGAAUGCCCUGUGAUGCCUUCCUCGCAGGUUCACAAAUGCAGCUUUAGGAGCUGUUUGCAUGUGGCCACUUGGAAAGUUGGCAAAUGGAGCAAGUGCUCAGUGACUUGUGGAAUCGGGAUAACGGAGAGACAAGUGGAAUGCUUGGCUGAAAACGGCCGGUCCAGUGAUUUAUGUUUAAAGCGAUUAAAACCAGAUGCUCAAAAGAAAUGUUAUGUCAAUGACUGUAAAUCAUUUACCACCUGCAAAGAAAUUCAAGUGAAAAACAAUAUUACUAAGAAUGGUGAUUAUUACCUUAACAUUAAAGGAAGAAUAAUAAAGAUCCAUUGUGCAGACAUGCACUUGGAGAACCCCAAGGAAUAUUUACCACUGGUCAAAGGUGAAGACAACUUUUCUGAAGUGUAUGGCCUUAGGCUACGAAAUCCCUAUGAAUGUCCUUUUAAUGGAAGUAGGAGGCAAGACUGUGAAUGUAAAAAUGAUUACGUGGCUGCUGGAUACACAGUUUUCAGCAAAAUAAGAGUUGAUCUCAAUUCCAUGCAGAUUAAAACUACAGACCUUCUUUUUUCCCGGACAGUAUUUGGAAAGGCAGUUCCGUUUGCCACAGCUGGAGAUUGCUACAGUGCUGCCAGAUGCCCACAGGGACAGUUCAGCAUUAACUUGGCAGGAACUGGGGUGAAGAUAUCCAGCACAGCCAGGUGGCUUGCUCAGGGGAGCUACGCCUCUGUCAUCAUACACAGAUCACUUGAUGGAACCAAAGUCUACGGAAGUUGUGGAGGGUUCUGUGGAAAGUGUGUUCCUUACAUGACUGCUGGUCUCCCAAUUCAAGUAAUAUGAACAUUCAGAAGAGGGAAGUGUGCCCCAAAGAGAAGAUAUUCUCUGGAACAUACACAUACCUGGUGCUCAUUUUUUUACUCUGCCUUCCUGAGAUUUCCAUAUCUAAAAUGUCUCAGCCAUUAUUUCAGGGUGCUUGUAAGAAUUCAAAUUACUAUUUGCUUUUUUCAAGGUCUUCAGAAUAAGCAAUGAAUGUGUGAUUUUAAUCAGGAUCAUUUUAAAGAACACAAUAAUUUAUGGUAGAGAAUAGAAGGAUAUUUCAAUGAAUUAUACCAAGACAAUGUUGCUGUUAACAGCUCAGACUGGACCACAGUUAUAUUGUACCUAUGAACACACAUGUAAAUCUCUGCUCACUAUUCUACUAUACGAUGAAAUGUUUAUUCUACUUAUUCAAAAGGAGCAAGUAAAUAUUAGGAAACAAACUUAUUCAAAAUUACUUGUAAACAUUAUUGAGUCUAUCAGGUGAACAGCAAAUUAAUAGUUAUAUCAAAAAAGGACAUAGGUGGCUUGGUGCCUGCGGUUCAAGCGGCUAAGGCACCAGCCACAUACACCUGAGCUGGCGGGUUCAAAUCCAGCCCGGGCCCGCCAAACAACAAUGACGGCUACAACCAAAAAAAAAAAAAAAAAAAAACAAAAAAAAACAAAUAGCCGGGUAUUGUGGAAGGCGCCUGUAGUCCCAGCUACUUGGGAGGUGGAGGCAGGAGAAUUGCUUGAGCCCAGGAGUUGGAGUUUGCUAUGAGCUUGAUGCCAUAGCACUCUACCCAAGGCGACAGCUUGAGGCUCUGUCUCAAAAAAAAGAAAAAGGACAUAGGCAUUAUACUUUCUGCUGAUACAGUUUAGAUGCCUUGUUUUAUUUUCCCUUUAAUUUGAAGUUACAGAUUAUGGUGUUUCAAUGUAAAAAACAAAAAAGACCUAAAACUAUGGUACAAAUUUGUAUUAAAAAUGAAUGCUUGGGUUAAAUACUACAUAUGAAAUUUUGUGGGUAGAAUACAGAAAAUAUAUAUUAGAAUUUCAUUCUUAAAAAUCUACCUCUAAUUUGACUGUACUUAUAAAAACAAAGCAUUGUUUUUAUAAAGUUUAUAUUCUAUUUUGCCUUCAUAACUCUUUUAUGUUGGUGUGUAUGUAUAUAUAUUCUUGAAAAAUGUGUUUUCUCAAAUAUGUACUGUAUUUUAUUAAUCAAGUUGAAAGUGAGAAUUCCUGAAAUUUUGAAAUCCUAUUUUGGUAAACACAAAAUUAUAUUUACAUAGGCAAAAAAAUUUAAUACAUUGUAUUAGAGAUGUUUAAGUUAUAUCAGAGGUUUCUCAAAACCAGAACAUAAAAGAGAUUAUAAAACUUAGCUAUUCAAGGAAAAUUCUCAGGUAUUAAAAAAUGUUUUCAUGUGGAUUAUUUAAUCAUGUAUUGUAUAAUAAUAUAAUUUAAAAAGACAGACAAAUAAUAUUUUUCUAUAGCAACCUACUCUAUAAACCAAAAAUCAAACAAAAAGCAAACCAAAUCUACUAAUAGAUUUUUGCUGGUAAAAAUAGUGCACUAGUUUUACCCACAAAGUGUUUUCCUCCCCAAACAUUUAUUAAGGAUAUAUUGUAUCAUAUAAGGUACUAAACCAAUUUUGUGCCAAUGUUGUUUAAAGAAACAUUUGGGGAUCUCUGUAUCAGAAAAGAAGUACUUUGCACUGUGUGCCUUAAACCAGUCACAAACAUUAACACCAAAUGUGUAACAUUUUCCAGGAAUGUUUUCAUUCAUAAUUAAAACCUUAUAAUUUAUAAACA